UGAUCAUAUUUCUUUAUCAGAUGGGUCAAAGUAUUGUUUAUUUAAAAUGAAGCUGAUUAUUUUACUCAGUGUUGUCGCUCUGGCUGCGGCAGCCCCAGCCGACGUCCAGCUCCUAUGGUCUGAAUACGUGAACGAUGGCUCUGGGAACUAUUACUUCGACUUCGAGCAGUCUGACGGUACCAAAUAUGGAAGCCAAGGCGUGCUGAAGAACAAGGGUCGUGAGGACGAAUUCCUGGCGGUGGAGGGAUCGUACGAGUGGGUGGGGCCCGACGGCGUGCGCUACGUCGUGACCUACACCGCCGACGACAACGGGUACCGACCGGAGAUCGAGCAGAUACAACCAGGACAGCCAAGUGUCCCUGAACAACCCAUACAGCCAGGAUACCCAGCACCACCAGCAACAUAUCCCCCGCUGCUCAUCGCUAGUCUUCUGGGAAAUAAUGGCUAAUGGAUCUAAAGGGUAGAAACAAUAAACUAUACAAGAUAUCGACAAACUGGUUACUGGAUCCUGAAAGUGCUUCACGAACUCUUUCAAACGGUACCAAUAAUGAUGUUACAGAAUAAACUGGAACUAUCUGAAAAUUCAA